GAGAGGAGGAGGGUGGAGAGGACUACAAGAAUUCGCAGAUUGGAAGAUGGAGUCCCGCCAGCCAGUCCCUCUUCUUCCCGAGCAGACUUUUGACCGGGAGGUCAAGCAAAACAUGGCCGAGCUUUCUCUCUGGACCGUCGUGGCUGCCAUCCAAGCGGUAGAGAGGAAGGUUGAUGCCCAUGCCAGUCGGCUGCUCAACCUGGAGCGCCGCGUGAUGACCAAUGAGAAAAAAUACGUGGAUUGCGAGAAUGCCGUGGUGGACUUCGGCAACCAGAUGGAAUGCAAGUUGACGGCUCUGGGCACCUUGAUCCAGGAAUACGGGCUGCUCCAGAGGAGGCUGGAGAACAUGGAGAACCUCUUGAAGAACCAGAACUUCUGGAUCCUCCGACUUCCCCCGGGAUCCAAGGGGGAAACGCCCAAGGGUUUGCAAUCGUGGGAGACCUUCUUAAUUUGGAAGGUGGCGUUAGAGGAAUUGAAAUAA